UCCGGCGCGCGACCCGGAAGCGGAAAGGAGCCUGUCUCUGUGCCUGUCCUGUGCGUCAGUCCUGCGUCGCUGGGGCCGGGCGGGAGAGGAAAGCGACUGCGUUUCGUGAAGUGCGGUGAGGGGAGCUGAGCACUGAGACCCCCCGGCAGCCGCGGCCAUGGCGGAUGUGACCGCCCGUAGCCUGCAGUACGAGUACAAGGCGAACUCGAAUCUUGUCCUCCAAGCUGACCGCUCUCUCAUUGAUCGGACCCGCCGGGAUGAACCCACAGGAGAGGUGCUGUCCCUGGUUGGGAAGCUGGAGGGCACCCGGAUGGGAGAUAAAGCUCAACGGACCAAACCACAGAUGCAGGAGGAAAGAAGAGCCAAGCGAAGAAAGCGUGAUGAGGACCGACAUGACAUUAACAAGAUGAAGGGUUAUACUCUGCUCUCGGAGGGCAUCGAUGAGAUGGUGGGCAUCAUCUAUAAGCCCAAGACUAAAGAGACCCGGGAGACCUAUGAGGUGCUACUCAGCUUCAUCCAAGCUGCCCUUGGGGACCAGCCACGUGAUAUCCUUUGUGGGGCAGCUGAUGAAGUUCUAGCUGUUCUAAAGAAUGAAAAGCUUCGGGACAAGGAAAGGAGAAAGGAGAUUGACCUGCUGUUGGGUCAGACAGAUGAUACCAGAUACCAUGUGCUAGUGAACUUGGGCAAAAAGAUCACAGACUACGGUGGAGACAAGGAAAUCCAGAAUAUGGAUGACAACAUUGAUGAGACGUAUGGUGUGAAUGUUCAGUUUGAGUCUGAUGAGGAGGAAGGUGAUGAAGAUGUGUAUGGGGAAGUUCGAGAAGAGGCAUCUGAUGAUGACAUGGAAGGGGAUGAGGCCGUGGUGCGCUGCACCCUUUCAGCUAAUCUUGUAGCGUCGGGGGAACUGAUGAGUUCUAAGAAGAAGGAUUUGCAUCCUCGGGAUAUUGAUGCGUUUUGGCUACAGCGGCAGCUCAGUCGCUUCUAUGAUGAUGCCAUUGUGUCACAGAAGAAGGCAGAUGAAGUGUUGGAGAUUUUGAAGACGGCCAGUGAUGAUCGGGAAUGUGAGAACCAGCUGGUUCUGCUCCUUGGUUUCAACACUUUUGAUUUUAUUAAAGUGUUGCGACAGCACAGGAUGAUGAUUUUAUACUGCACCUUACUGGCCAGUGCACAGAGUGAAGCGGAAAAGGAAAGGAUCAUGGGAAAGAUGGAAGCUGAUCCAGAGCUCUCCAAGUUCCUCUACCAGCUCCAUGAGACCGAGAAGGAGGAUCUGAUCCGGGAGGAAAGGUCUCGGAGAGAGCGAGUACGACAGUCCCGAAUGGACACAGACUUGGAAACCAUGGAUCUGGACCAGGGUGGAGAGGCACUGGCUCCGCGUCAGGUUCUGGACUUGGAGGACCUGGUUUUUACCCAGGGGAGCCACUUCAUGGCCAAUAAACGUUGUCAGCUUCCUGAUGGGUCCUUCCGUCGCCAGCGCAAGGGCUAUGAAGAGGUGCAUGUGCCUGCUCUGAAGCCCAAGCCCUUUGGUUCAGAAGAACAACUGCUUCCAGUGGAGAAGCUGCCGAAGUAUGCCCAGGCUGGAUUUGAGGGCUUCAAAACACUGAAUCGGAUCCAGAGUAAACUCUACCGUGCUGCUCUGGAAACAGAUGAGAAUCUGCUGCUGUGCGCCCCUACUGGUGCGGGUAAGACCAACGUGGCCCUGAUGUGUAUGCUCCGAGAGAUAGGGAAACACAUUAACAUGGAUGGCACUAUCAACGUGGAUGACUUCAAGAUCAUCUACAUUGCUCCUAUGAGAUCUCUGGUGCAGGAGAUGGUGGGCAGUUUCGGAAAGCGCUUGGCGACGUAUGGCAUCACUGUUGCAGAACUGACUGGUGACCACCAGCUGUGCAAGGAGGAGAUCAGCGCCACUCAGAUCAUCGUCUGCACCCCCGAGAAGUGGGACAUCAUUACCCGCAAGGGUGGGGAGCGCACCUACACACAGCUCGUGCGGCUCAUCAUUCUGGAUGAGAUCCAUCUUCUCCAUGACGACAGAGGUCCUGUCUUGGAAGCUUUGGUGGCCAGGGCCAUCCGAAACAUUGAGAUGACCCAAGAGGAUGUCCGACUCAUCGGUCUUAGUGCCACCCUCCCCAACUAUGAAGAUGUGGCUACCUUUCUGCGUGUAGAUCCUGCCAAGGGCCUCUUUUACUUUGACAACAGCUUCCGCCCAGUGCCUCUGGAACAGACUUAUGUGGGUAUCACAGAGAAAAAAGCUAUCAAGCGUUUCCAGAUCAUGAAUGAAAUAGUCUAUGAGAAAAUCAUGGAACAUGCUGGAAAAAAUCAGGUGCUGGUGUUUGUCCACUCCCGGAAGGAGACUGGGAAGACAGCCAGGGCCAUCCGGGACAUGUGCCUAGAGAAGGACACUCUGGGUCUGUUUCUGAGAGAGGGCUCAGCCUCCACAGAAGUCCUUCGGACGGAAGCUGAGCAGUGCAAGAACCUGGAGCUGAAGGAUCUUCUGCCAUAUGGCUUUGCUAUUCAUCAUGCAGGCAUGACCAGAGUUGACCGGACACUUGUAGAGGAUCUUUUUGCUGAUAAACACAUUCAGGUUUUAGUUUCCACAGCAACUCUGGCUUGGGGUGUGAAUCUCCCCGCACAUACAGUCAUCAUCAAAGGCACCCAGGUGUACAGUCCAGAGAAGGGACGUUGGACAGAACUGGGGGCACUGGACAUUCUGCAGAUGCUGGGACGUGCUGGAAGACCCCAGUAUGACACCAAGGGCGAAGGCAUACUCAUCACGUCUCAUGGGGAGCUACAGUACUACCUGUCCCUCCUCAAUCAGCAACUUCCUAUCGAGAGCCAGAUGGUAUCAAAGUUGCCUGACAUGCUCAAUGCGGAAAUCGUGCUGGGGAAUGUCCAGAAUGCCAAGGAUGCGGUAAACUGGCUUGGAUAUGCCUAUCUGUAUAUCCGAAUGCUCCGAUCCCCAACCCUCUAUGGCAUCUCUCAUGAUGACCUCAAGGGAGAUCCCCUGCUGGACCAGCGCCGACUGGAUCUGGUUCAUACUGCUGCCUUGAUGCUGGAUAAGAACAAUCUGGUCAAGUAUGACAAGAAGACAGGCAAUUUCCAGGUGACAGAACUGGGCCGUAUAGCCAGCCACUACUACAUCACCAAUGACACAGUACAGACCUACAACCAGCUGCUGAAGCCCACCCUAAGUGAAAUUGAGCUUUUCAGAGUCUUCUCGUUGUCUUCAGAGUUCAAGAACAUCACUGUGAGAGAGGAGGAGAAGCUGGAGCUGCAGAAGUUGUUGGAGAGGGUGCCCAUCCCUGUAAAGGAGAGCAUUGAGGAACCCAGUGCAAAGAUCAAUGUGCUUCUCCAAGCCUUCAUCUCACAGCUGAAAUUGGAGGGCUUUGCGCUGAUGGCAGACAUGGUGUAUGUCACGCAGUCGGCUGGCAGGUUGAUGCGUGCCAUCUUUGAAAUUGUCCUGAAUCGAGGUUGGGCGCAGCUUACAGACAAGACACUGAACCUCUGCAAGAUGAUUGACAAGCGCAUGUGGCAGUCCAUGUGUCCUCUGCGCCAGUUCCGGAAACUCCCUGAGGAGGUAGUGAAGAAGAUUGAGAAGAAAAACUUCCCCUUCGAGCGUCUGUAUGACCUGAAUCAUAAUGAGAUAGGGGAGCUUAUCCGCAUGCCGAAGAUGGGGAAGACCAUCCACAAGUACGUCCACCUCUUCCCCAAGUUGGAAUUGUCGGUGCACUUGCAACCUAUCACACGCUCCACCCUAAAAGUGGAGCUGACCAUCACGCCGGAUUUCCAGUGGGAUGAAAAGGUCCAUGGUUCGUCAGAGGCAUUCUGGAUUCUGGUGGAGGAUGUAGACAGUGAGGUGAUACUCCACCAUGAGUAUUUUCUACUCAAGGCCAAGUAUGCUCAGGAUGAGCACCUCAUUACGUUUUUCGUUCCUGUCUUUGAACCGCUGCCCCCUCAGUACUUCAUCCGAGUGGUGUCUGACCGCUGGCUCUCUUGUGAGACCCAGCUGCCUGUCUCCUUCCGGCACCUGAUCCUACCGGAGAAGUACCCACCUCCAACCGAGCUUCUGGACCUGCAGCCUUUGCCCGUGUCUGCCCUGAGAAACAGUGCUUUUGAGAGCCUUUACCAGGAUAAAUUUCCUUUCUUCAACCCCAUCCAGACCCAAGUGUUCAACACCGUCUACAACAGUGAUGACAAUGUGUUCGUGGGGGCCCCCACGGGCAGCGGCAAGACCAUCUGUGCGGAAUUUGCCAUCCUGCGGAUGCUGCUGCAGAACUCAGAGGGACGCUGUGUCUAUAUCACUCCCAUGGAGGCUCUGGCAGAGCAGGUUUACAUGGACUGGUAUGAGAAGUUCCAGGACAGGCUCAACAAGAAGGUGGUGCUCCUGACGGGGGAGACUAGCACGGACCUGAAGCUUCUGGGCAAGGGCAAUAUCAUCAUCAGCACCCCUGAGAAGUGGGACAUUCUUUCUCGGCGGUGGAAGCAGCGCAAGAAUGUCCAAAACAUCAACCUCUUCGUGGUGGAUGAAGUCCACCUUAUCGGGGGCGAGAAUGGGCCUGUCUUAGAAGUGAUCUGCUCCCGGAUGCGCUACAUCUCCUCCCAGAUUGAGCGACCCAUUCGCAUUGUGGCACUUAGCUCUUCGCUUUCGAAUGCCAAGGAUGUGGCCCACUGGCUGGGGUGCAGUGCCACCUCGACUUUCAACUUCCACCCUAACGUGCGCCCUGUGCCCUUGGAGCUGCACAUCCAGGGCUUCAACAUUAGCCAUACACAAACUCGCCUGCUCUCCAUGGCCAAGCCCGUGUACCAUGCUAUCACCAAACACUCUCCCAAGAAGCCUGUCAUUGUUUUUGUUCCGUCUCGAAAGCAGACCCGCCUCACUGCAAUUGACAUUCUCACCACGUGUGCAGCAGAUAUCCAGCGGCAGAGGUUUUUGCACUGCACGGAGAAGGAUCUGAUCCCGUACCUGGAGAAACUAAGUGACAGCACGCUUAAGGAAACACUGUUAAAUGGAGUGGGCUACCUGCACGAGGGGCUCAGCCCCAUGGAGCGACGCCUGGUAGAACAGCUCUUCAGCUCAGGGGCUAUCCAGGUGGUGGUAGCUUCCCGGAGUCUCUGCUGGGGCAUGAAUGUGGCCGCCCACCUGGUGAUCAUCAUGGACACCCAGUACUACAAUGGCAAGAUUCAUGCGUAUGUGGAUUACCCUAUCUACGACGUGCUUCAGAUGGUGGGCCAUGCCAACCGCCCUUUGCAGGAUGAUGAGGGGCGCUGUGUUAUCAUGUGCCAGGGCUCCAAAAAGGAUUUCUUCAAAAAGUUCUUAUAUGAGCCCUUGCCAGUAGAGUCCCACCUGGACCACUGUAUGCAUGACCAUUUUAAUGCUGAGAUUGUCACCAAGACCAUUGAGAACAAGCAGGAUGCUGUGGACUACCUCACCUGGACCUUUCUGUACCGCCGCAUGACACAGAACCCCAAUUAUUACAACCUGCAGGGGAUCUCCCAUCGUCACCUGUCUGACCACUUGUCCGAGCUUGUGGAGCAGACCCUGAGUGACUUAGAGCAGUCCAAGUGCAUCAGCAUUGAGGAUGAAAUGGAUGUGGCACCUCUGAACCUGGGCAUGAUCGCUGCUUACUAUUACAUCAACUACACCACCAUUGAGCUCUUCAGCAUGUCCCUGAAUGCCAAGACCAAGGUGCGAGGGCUCAUUGAAAUCAUCUCCAAUGCGGCGGAGUACGAGAACAUUCCCAUCCGGCACCAUGAAGAUAACCUCCUGCGGCAGUUGGCUCAGAAGGUCCCCCAUAAGCUGAAUAAUCCUAAGUUCAAUGACCCACAUGUCAAGACCAACCUGCUUCUGCAAGCUCACCUGUCCCGCAUGCAGCUGAGUGCCGAGCUGCAGUCAGAUACUGAGGAAAUUCUUAGCAAGGCAAUCCGGCUCAUCCAGGCCUGUGUGGAUGUCCUUUCCAGCAAUGGGUGGCUUAGCCCUGCUCUGGCAGCUAUGGAGCUGGCCCAGAUGGUCACCCAAGCCAUGUGGUCCAAGGACUCAUACCUGAAACAGCUGCCACACUUCACCUCAGAGCAUAUUAAACGUUGUACAGACAAGGGAGUGGAGAGUGUUUUUGACAUCAUGGAGAUGGAAGAUGAAGAACGAAAUGCGUUGCUUCAGCUGUCUGACAGCCAGAUCGCGGACGUGGCCCGUUUCUGCAACCGCUACCCUAAUAUUGAGCUGUCUUAUGAAGUGGUGGAUAAGGACAGCAUCCGCAGUGGCGGGCCAGUUGUGGUGCUGGUGCAGCUGGAGCGAGAGGAGGAGGUCACAGGCCCUGUGAUAGCACCUCUCUUUCCACAGAAACGUGAAGAGGGCUGGUGGGUGGUGAUCGGCGAUGCCAAGUCCAAUAGCCUCAUCUCCAUCAAGAGGCUGACCUUGCAGCAGAAGGCCAAGGUGAAGCUUGACUUUGUGGCCCCAGCCACUGGCGCCCACAACUACACUCUGUAUUUCAUGAGUGACGCUUACAUGGGAUGUGACCAGGAAUACAAAUUCAGCGUGGAUGUGAAAGAAGCGGAGACAGACAGUGAUUCAGACUGAGUCCAGAGGCACUUAACUCUUGCAAAGAGGAGAGAAGAGUUGCACCUGAAUCAGGAAGAUGUACAGUCCUGUGGGGACCGCAUCUGUUCGUGUGAGGUCUGGCCAGUCAGUGCAGGUACUGUCCCGGCCCCCCUCCGCUACUUUGCCCUCUUGUUACCUUGCCAUCUAGACUUGGGAUCCAGUGUCUGCAGGUGUCCCGUAACUGUCAAGCAUAAACUGUGUACAGCAUUUUUAGCCAUGUUCUGUGUAGUUCCUUUUGUCAAACAUUCUAAUAAAAUAACUUGGAGAAACCA